AUGUUAUUUUGGUUAAAGACAAUUUUUUGUUCAACACAAAUGUUAGAUGUUAAUUUAUUAUCAGAACUAGAAAAUACAUCAGAUAUUUUAAAAGAAUUAUGUGAAAAUGAAGAGACACAACAAAAGAAUCAAGAACCAACUAAAAUAGGAGAUAAAAAUUUUUAUGAAAACUUAUCUAACUCUAAUAUAUUAGAUGAUUUGACAGAUUUCAUAGAUGAAAGUUUCAAUAACGGAUAUAAUAAUGUGGAUUAUAAUUUAAGUACUAAAAUGUUUUCAAUGACUUCAGAAAGCAAUUUUAUGCCGCAAAGUAGUAUAAGUAAUCAAUAUAUUUCUAAAAAAAGUUAUAAACAAUUUUGUAUAGUUAACCAACCGAAAAAUAAUACGGCGGAACAUUCUCACAAAAGUGAAUUCUGCAAAAAUACCACCAAUAUGUUAUUACGUUCAACUAAAAAUGAUUUAUUACAUGAACAAUAUAUCAAUCAAGAAAACAACACUUCUUUACAAAAAUUUAAUAAUGUUACUGUUUUAUCAGACCACCAGUCUUGCCACGGGGAAACUAAUUAUGUAAAUAAACCAGAUAAUUCUCAAAUCAAUAAACUAUCUAAUGUUAUUGAUUCAUCAAUUAAAAAGCCAAAGAAUAGUAAAUAUUCCAGUAGUGCCUACAAAAAUAAAAAAACCGUAAAGGUUAAAAAGAAAAAACCAAAAACAGACAACAUUAAAAAUGAAAAAAAAUCCGGUAAUAAAAGCAAACGGAGAAAGGAAGCUUUUGCUAAAAUUUUUACAGCAAAGGAACAUGAAUUUUAUGAAAAAUACAAGAGUUCUGAAAAAGCUUUUAGAAAGUUUUGUAAAUCGAAUAUUAAUAAAAAAAUACUGCAAUAUAUUAAGAACAUUGAAAUAUUUAAUCUUUCUGAUGAUCUGAAACAAAAUUACAUUUCUGCUCUAAGAAAUCUUUCAAGUUUUUUAGAUACGGUAAGUGCAAUUAGAUUUGACACGAGGAAAAAGUAUAAUAGGAAAGAAUUUUUACAUUUAUUAGAUCUAGCGUAUAAUCAACUUGACAAGUAUGCAGACGUGUCUCAAAAACUUUUAAUUUUUAAGUCGAUUUGUAAAACUUUACAUAAAGUUAAUGAUAGUAUCUAUUGCUGUACGUCUUGUUGUGAUUUUAUUGAAGUUAAUAAAUUAAUAUUUUCCGUUGACAUAAGAUUUAAUUCAUUUUACGGUAGACUAUCAAUAUUAAGGGAUGAUUUUAAAAAAAAUGAUCAACAUUAA